AUGGACUUUUACUACUGGCCAGGCAGUGCUCCUUGCAUGACAGUUCAAAUGGUGGCUCAGGAUAUAGGUGUGAAGCUGAACAUGAAGUUCACCAGUCUUCGAGCAGGUGACCAUCUGAAACCAGAGUUUUUGAAAAUGAAUCCUCAACAUACAGUCCCAACACUAAAUGAUAAUGGUUUCUUUCUUUCAGAGAGUCAUGCUGUGAUUGAGUAUCUUUAUCCUGUAAUGUUCUGGGGAGCAAAACAAUUUGAUCCUGUGAAACUAAAGGAAUUGGAGACAGCCUAUGAAUUCUUGAAUACAUUUCUUGAGGGACAGCAGUGGGUAGCUGGUACAUCAAUGACCAUUGCUGAUUAUGCAAUUUUGACAUCAGUUGGUACUGCAGAUGCUGUUGGUUUUAACAUCAAGAAAUAUCCUAAUGUUGAUGCAUGGUUCAAACGAGCAAAGACAGCAGUGAAGUCAUAUGAAGAAAAUUAUCGUCAACACGUUAUGGUAUUUAAGAAUCAAUAUGAUGAUGCCACUGGCAAGAAGUAG